CCCCCUCCUACCUCCCUGCCUUCCUCCUCCUCCUCCUCUCCACCCUCUCUGCCAGAGAGCCCCGACGACAGACAGCCAUCCAGCCGCUCACCGUCCUGCUCCUCCCGCCGCCGCUGCUGCCGCUGAGCGGAGUGUGGUCUCCUUUUUCCACCUGCGUGGGUUUCUCCACGAGCCGGACAGCGAGUUUUUUUUUUUAAACUAUUUUAUUUUUUUAUUUUUAUUAAUUUCUAACCUGGUUUGGGGACAUUUAAUCUGUUUUACUCCUGCUGCCUUUCAAGUGAAAUGGAGAAAAUGGCCAGACCUCUUCCUUUAAACCCAACUUUCCUGCCGCCGACUCAUGGAGUCCUGAAAUCCCUGCUGGAAAACCCGCUGAAACUCCCGUUUCACCACGAUGAAGGAUUCGGGAAGGAUAAGGAGAAAGAGAAAAAGCUGGAAGAUGAGAGCAGCACAGCCAGCCACCCCCAGUCGGCUUUCCUCGGGCCCACUCUGUGGGACAAGACCCUGCCGUACGACGGCGACAACUUCCAGCUGGAGUACAUGGACCUGGAGGAGUUCCUGUCGGAAAACGGCAUCCCAGCCAACACGGCCCAGAGCGAGCAGGCCCCGCAGGCGGCGCAGCCGUCCCAGGCAGCACUGCAACAGGUCUCGCCGCCCAAGCCGCCCACCCCCUCAGUGGUGGACCUCAGCAGCCGCGCCACCACCUCCGUUCACACAGCCAUACCGCCUCAGACCUGCCUGCACAGCCCCACCACUGCAGCCAGAGACACACCCAGCCCCAUCGACCCGGAGUCCAUCCAGGUCCCGGUGACGUACGAGCCGGACCCGGCCGACCUGGCGCUGUCCAGCGUUCCGGGUCAGGAGAUGUUCGACCCCAGGAAGCGCAAAUUCUCCGCUGAGGAGCUGAAGCCGCAGCCCAUGAUCAAGAAAGCCCGGAAGGUUUUCAUCCCCGAGGACCUGAAGGAUGAUAAGUACUGGGCGCGACGCAGAAAGAACAACGUGGCGGCGAAGCGCUCGCGGGACGCGCGCCGCCUCAAGGAGAACCAGAUCGCCAUCCGGGCCGGCUUCCUGGAGAAGGAGAACGCCGCGCUGCGCGUCGAGGUGGCCGACUUGAGGAAGGAGCUGGGCCGCUGCAAGAACAUUCUGGCUAAAUACGAGGCGCGACACGGGCCGCUGUGAGCCUCUCCUGGGCCAACCUCUGCUCCCAGAACCUCCAGUUUGCCCUCCUGUUUGAAGGACAAUGUCUCUAAUGGCAGCAGCCCCACCUGUAUGAUUCUGGUAUUUUAUUAAGCUUCAUCUCGUCUGCUCCUCCUUUGAUUUCUCUACACGGUUUGACGAAAUAGAUAUAAAUAUAUUUACAUGUGCGUACUUCCCACUGUGAGGAGUUCGAGCCUGCCUCUUUCUCUACAUCAGAUCAGGACUAAAAUCCUCUUUAUUUUGUCGUUUGUAGCCACUUAUGUUAGUAUUUCCUGUCCAGUCCAGGAACAUUUUGCUCUCUGUUGUUAUUAUUAUGUUUUAAUUUCUUGAGCAAUAAUUUUAAAUAUGUCUCCACCUCCUGCUCCAGUUCGUUAACUUCUGCACUAACUAGCGUCUCACAAUCGGAUCCGGUUCAAGAAAAUUCCUCCUAUUUAUCUCCCUUUUAUUUCUCAGAUGGAAGAUUGUUGUUUUUAUAUCUAUAAAUAAGUAUAUAUAUAUAUAUUCUGUUGAUAUAAUUGUUAGUAUUAUUACUGCUCUGAAAGCUGUGGUUGUUUAGCCUCCUCCUCUUCAGGUUGAAGCAUGAUUUCUCUGUUUUUUGGACUAGUUGUUGAUUCCUUGGAUUCUUUGGCAUGACUAGUUCUUGCUUUAUUUCUUUCUUUUAGGACUCGGUGCAGAUGUCCUGUCGGUGGCGUCUGUUCACCGACUUUUUAAAGAUGGUUGUAUGAAUGUAAAAGAGAAAAAGGUUGGAUGGUGUUGUCCAAUACUGUGGUUCACCCAGUCAGUUUGUUUCCUGCAGACCAAACCAGAGAUGUUUCUAUAAAUCUAUACGUUGUUCCUUUUUGUACAGUAUUUUUCCAAUAUAUAUACACACAUAUAUAUAUAGAAUUGGUGAAUUGUGUAUUUUAAAGGCACAACAAGUCCAGAGAAAUAUAAAAAUUGUGUUUAAUAAAAUAAAUGAAUAAAUAAAGAGGUAUUUUGAUAUUCUAUUUGAGGGAAUGAGAAGGAAACCAAAAUAUUGGGGGCAUUGUAAUUAUAUAUGAUUUCAACAGUCCUUAAUGUGCUUAAUGUUCUCAAAAACAUGGGAUGGCGUUACUAUGACGGCAGGGAAACUAUAGCUGGUUCUUCCUGCUGCUCUGCGAUUGUUUUCUGCAGUCGUAGCGAAUCCCUGAACCCGAGUGAUGAACCUUGCAAAACUUUUUUUUGUCGUCUCUCCUGUUUUCUUUUUACUGCAGAGUCUUUAGAUUGAAGCUGGAUUUAUGAGUCAUGCUUUAGACCUCAGUCUAUGAUGUGGAUAUGCUAUUUCACAAGGCAGAUCAUGGCAUGUCCAUAUCUAAAUGGCAGGUCCCAAAAUGAUUGCAAAUAUUUGCAUAAAAUCUUCUUUAGGAUUUUCAUGCAAAAACAUGCCGUUUGUUCUAAUUGUGCAAAACGUAACCCGUUCCAGAAAGGUUUACCUCAAACGUCGUCUCACUGUAGGAGAAGAGGCCACUAAUGCCAGAUGUUGCAUAACCUACACCAAAUCCAAAGAUUGUUUUGGACGCGAUCGUCCUCAAUCAACAUCACAAAUUUGCACACUAAUUAUUUUAUCCAAAUAAACCAGCUCUACUUAAUGACCCCUGGUUAAUGGCAAAAACUAUUUUUUAAAUAUUUUUACCAUAGGAGCUUUUUAAAUUCAGUUUUGAAAAGAUUGCAUUAUAUUUUGUUAAAAGGCUCAUGAAAUAUUACAUCAAAUUUUAACCAUCUUGGAAGCAUCAUCGUUUUUAAUGACAAAAUUAGAUAUUCUGCAAAUGUUUAAAUUGGCAGUUUCCACUCCUGCCAUAAAUUCUUCAUUAAGUUAAAGCAGUGCUUCUCAAAUAGUGGGGCGGGCCCCCUUUGGGGGGCGCGGUGCGAUACCUGGGGGGGCGUGUGAUCCUGGGGAACAGGCUUUUUUUUGGCCGUACUAGUAGAAAGUGUAAUUGCGCACAGUAGGCGGCAGUGGCGCUCUCAUUGUUACUUCUGUCACGUUUGCGACAGUGCAACAUUUUAUGACUUACAAGACAACAGGUUUGCCUUGGUUAGCAGUGUUAAGUCAACAAAAAGCUCAGACUGCGUUCUGUCUCUGGCCUCCGUUAUUCAACAACCCCCAACAUGAAAAAGUUUUCACAGGGAUGAAAAGAAAAGCGGAGAGAGACAAAGAUAAUGAGACAACAGAAAGUCAACCGAAAGCUAAGAAGAGGAAAUACGACGAAGCGUAUUUAGCGCUUGGCUUCACUGUGACUACAGUUGGAGAAGAGGAAAGACCGGUGUGUUUGCUGUGUCCAAAAAUGCUCGCAGCGGACAGCAUGAAGCCAAAUAAAUUAGCGCGUCACUUAAAUAUGUUACAUCCCAAUCACGCCGAUAAGCCGCUAGAGUUUUUUCAGCGAAAAAAAUUUUAAUAAGGAAAAAAUGUUAUGCAGAGAUGGAUAGUCACGGUGCGGAAUGGGGGGCGCGAAUAGUUUUCUUCUUGCUAGGGGGGCGUAACGGAAAAUAAUUGAGAAGCACUGAGUUAAAGCAACGCAACAUCCUUCUUGAACACUAGAAGGCAGAAGCUGUGUAAAAAUUGAACAAAAUAACACAUUUAAUAUUUUUUAGUUCACCAAGCUCAUUAAUUCCAGUAAGUUCUUGGCAUCUCAGGACUUCCAUAUUUGUCUCCUGAGGUCAUGCUCAUUUGGAUCUUCUGUAUUUGAUUCAUUCAAAGAUUAGUAAAGCAAAAUAAAAUAAGUUCUGGAACCUCCACCCCAGUAAAACAAAACUCUCACAUUCCACUGAGACUUUUCGAAACGUCAUCGAUCUGCUCCACUGUUGUGAGCGAUAUUAGGCGGCCAUUUUGUUACCCAGAGUUUUUAUCACUUUUGAGGCUCCAAAGCUUCCAGGGCGUCUUUGUUUUUUAUUAGAAUAAAGCAGGAAAAAGACAGUAAUGAAUCUGUGAAAUCCCAAACGUACCUCAUGUGUGGAGUGAUCUCUCUACCUCACCUGGAAUCAUUAACCAUAAUAAUCGUGAGUUUGUUCCAGUGCCUUUAACUCACCGACUGUUUCCCAGUGUUUUGGUCCCAUACAACGCCGCCCUGAUGGCUGCAAAUUGGCGCCGGAAGAUUUCCUGAACCUUCGUUUCAUUUCAAAUAUUGCAGCAGAUUUGUAACCAUUGUAUUCAUGGCAACACCAACAGAUUGUUUCAGAGUGUUUAAAGUGCAGCAUAAAGGAGUAUUACGUGUUGUUCAGGUCUCUGCCUUUCUAUCUGUAAUUUCUAGUGUCUAAUAAAAAUACCACUUAUUUU